AUGAUCCCCGGACCGGCCAUGCUUCGGCCUUUGGCCCCCCCAAACUUCUGGGCGCCUUUGCUGGCAGCCGCAUCAGCCAUCUCCAGCCGUCGACUGCCUGCGGUGCUGGGGAACUUGGACCACAAGAGGUGGCCGGCGCGAAGAUGGGAGAGCUCGGCUACUGCUAGUGGUACUACCGGUAGUAGUUCCAAAACUGGCCAUAUUUACACGGGACCAAACGAGUCCAUAUUAUUCCUUGACAAUCUCUUCCCCUUGAAACUCGCUUCACUGUUGCUAUGGCGCCCAUGGGAAACCAAGCGCGACCUCCCUGGGCUGCUCCGCCAGUUCGAGGAUGCGUCUCUCAGCGCUCUGGACCCCAUGAACCUGGUCAAACGGGCCAUACCCGAGACAGUCCCAAUCAAGGUCACCGAGAUCAUCCCUCGACUGAAGGAAGGGGGCGCUUACAUCAAGUUCACCUACCCGGACACUCUGUCAGCUGCCGAUGUUGAAGGAGAGCUGGCAAAAUCGCUCGACAAGAAGCCAAUCAAACCAUGGUUCAAUCCAUUCCGUGGCAUCAAGGCCGGGCUCGUCCUAGGCCGCCCCUGGCUUGAAGACCUCUACCGUCUCCCAAGGAGCCGCCUUAGGGUCGAGUUUGUGCCCGCCAAGGACUCGGAGCCUCCCACCGAGCUGUCCCAAGAGUCCCUGUACAGCCUGUUUCGCCGCUAUGGAAAGAUCGCCGACAUCACAUCACAGCCUCCGGAUUCCAAGAUCCUGCCAAAAUUUGCCUACGUAGAUUUUGUCGGGGUCCGGCCUGCCAUCAUGGCCAGAAAUUGCCUGCAUGGUUUCGUGCUGCAAGAAGAGGGCAGCAAGACACAGACCCGGCUCCGGCUGUCCUAUGAGCAGAGAGUGAAGCCGCAUCACAUCUGGAACUGGAUCUCGAACCACCCAAGGAUUGUCAUCCCCAUCCUUGCUGCCUUUCUGGCUGCGUUUACGGUCGUCGUGUUUGAUCCCAUACGCGAGUUCUUUGUCAAGAUGCACGUCCAAAAAUCUCUGGAAUUCACCAAUAGCAAACUGUACAAGUGGUUGAAGCGACAGACGUCGGACAUUCUCGCCUUCAGGAAGCGGAAGGAUGAGGAUGCCGGUCUCGAUGCUUUGUUUGCCCACCGGAAGGAACUGAUAGAUGCGAUACAGGCUAGUCUGCUGGAGACCGACGACACAUUUGUCGUUAUCCACGGACCGCGUGGCUCCGGAGGCAAGGAACUGAUCAUGGAUCAAGUACUCCAGGGGCGCAAUGAUAUCUUGGUCUUGGACUGCAAGCCAGUUGUGGAGGCUAGAGGAGAGGCCGGUACCAUCAGAAAGCUUGCCUUCCAGGUUGGAUACCGCCCGGUGUUCUCCUGGGCUAACAAUCUCAGCAGCAUGAUAGACCUUGCUAUCCAGGGCACCACAGGCGUCAAGGCUGGCUUCUCCGAGAACCUCGAGUCCCAGGUCGUGAAGAUUCUUCAAACUACAGCUUCUGCUCUGAAGGAGGUCUCGCUCGCAGACAGGAAGAAGGAGGGCAAAGACGCGAACCUCUCGGACGACGCCUACCUAGAAGCUCACCCUGAGCACCGUGCCGUCGUUGUCAUUGAUAACUUCCUGCACAAGGGUGAAGAGAAGAGCAUGAUCUACGAUAAGAUUGCUGAUUGGGCGGCCGCCCUGGUGCAAUCCAAUAUUGCACACGUCAUCUUCCUGACCACCGACCCGUCAUAUUCCAAGUCACUCUCAAAGUCACUCCCGGACCGCGUCUUCCACCAGGUGACCUUGGGAGAUCUAUCACCGGAGGAGGCAAAGCACUUUGUAAUUUCACAACUUGAGCAAGACGACCAUAGUACCAAGAAGGACAACCAGGAUGACGAGUCGCCCCCUAAAACAGAGAAGCAGCACCGGCAAGAUCUCCGCGAGCUUGACGAAUGCAUCGAAUCCCUCGGCGGUCGCUUAACUGACUUACAGGUCCUGGCCCGCCGGCUCAAGGUCGGCCAGAGCCCCAAGAAGGCAGUCUCGGACAUCAUCGAGCAGAGCGCCUCCGAGAUCCUGCGCAUCUUCUUGCUCGGCAACAACAAGGGCGCCGGGAACGGCGGCGAUAAGAAGUGGUCGGCCGAGCAAGCGUGGUACCUGAUCAAGGAAAUCGCCGCCAAAGAAAGCUUGCGCUACAACGAGGUGCUCCUCUCGAGCACCUUCACCUCGUCCACCACGCCGGGCGCCGCCAACGCCGAGGCGGUUCUCGAGAGCCUUGCCAACGCGGAGCUCAUCACGGUCAAGUCGCACCACGGCCGCCCGGCCACUAUACGCGCGGGAAAGCCUGUCUACCAGGCUGCCUUCAGCAGGCUGCUCGAGGACCCCGUCGUCCGGGCGCGCAUGGACCUGGCGCUACUGGGCGAGCUGGCCAAGAUUGAGGCCAAGACCAUCGACAAGGCAGAAGCAGAGCUGGGUGUGCUCGCGGCCCUGCCCCAGCAGCCGUACCAGGCUGCCGAGCGGGUCAAUUACCUCUUGGCCAAGCUGCAGAGCAGCCAGCAGAAGAUUGCGGCGUAUGAGAAGGAAAUGGGAGGGUUGAAGAAGAUCUUGUCUCAGGAGGUUUGA